AUGAAUUACGAUUUGCGUAUGUAUUUAGGUGUAUACAAAUCUGAAGGUAACAGGUCUCAUGUGGUGAAUACAACAUGGGCAUUGAUGGUUCUUAUUGAGGCUGGGCAGGCCGAGAGAGAUCCCAUGCCGUUGCAUCGUACAGCGAAAGUCCUUAUAAAUUCUCAAUGUGAGAAUGGGGAUUUCCCACAUCAAGAGAUAAUGGGAAUCUACAAUGGGAAUUGCACUUGUUCGUAUGCUGCAUACAGAAACAUAUUCCCCAUCUGGGCGUUAGGAGAAUACUAUUGUCACGUUUUGCGCAACCAAAGCUAGGAAAAAUCACUAAUUCUAUGAAUAAAUGUACAACUAUAAUAAACUUUGCUU